AUAAGCCGUCUUCAAUGAAAGUGGAAAUACUUUUGUAUGUAAUCAUCAAGAACUGCUACCGACUUAACACCAAAUAUUGUUACAAAAUAAAAAAAAAUGGCAGAUGAAAAAUACAAUUAAUUUAGCAUCAAGAUUGUAUAGCUGAGGCAGGUGAUAACGUCUACUGUCAUCUUCAAGAAGGGAUUUCCAUUUUAUAUUUUUUGAAGUCUUGACUGGUAUAUCAUGCAAUGGAGAAAUGGGUUAACUUUAGACUCUUUUGGGCAGAAAGUGAUAUCAGAAUACCCACACCAGGUACAGCUAAACGAUUCUGAGUGAAAAUAGUAGUUUUUCACUCAGUAUUUAUUUACCUCCAUAAACUAUUAAGUUGAAUUUGCUGUUGGGUAGAACUUAAAUUUUCUCCGUUUUUGGUGGAUAGUUGGCAGUACAUGGUAUAGAGGAUUUAAAAUUUCUAGCAGGUGGAGCCCAGACCCAGUCUGUUGUUUCAUAUACUGUAUUGGCCUGUGUUUCACAUGUACUCCAUGCUGCUGAAGAAUGGUGUAGUGAGAAAUUUGCUCAUUGAGUCUGAUGGAACUGGGCUCACCUGCAGCUUGGCAUCCAAUAUUCUCUAUGUCAUCUAAUCCCAAACGGAACACACCAUCUUAAAACUACCCCCAGCAUGCAAUCCAGCCUGGCAUAAGUUACCAUAAUUAGUUUUCAUGUACACAUCACAACGAAAUGAUCUGAUAAAUAAUAAUUUCUCCAAAUUUGCGUCCUUUUAAUGGGCUAAACUGUGUGUGUUUAACAGCUAUACUAUUAAAUAGAGACGGUAUUUCACAAUUGUUUUAAUGUUGGUCUGGUAAUGCUGGUGGUCAAACAAUAAAGGCUAUUUGGCAUUAACAAAACAUAGUUUGAACUGUGGCUUUAUGUGUUUAUGUAUGUGCGUAUUCAUAGAAUGACCACUACAUUAUGAGAACACAUUGUUACUUAAUCUUUUUUACAGCAUUAGUUUUAAAUAAUGUAACCAUCAGCACAAUAAAAGUUGCUGGUGUAAAAGGACACGGGAGCCAGUGUUUCCACGUGACAUUUUAGACGAGUACUAUUGCAUCACGAUUUAGUGUACUUGGUUGCCAGGUAGCCAAGCCGUACACCAAACACUUUAGCCUUUUCACCUGACCACAUACUACAGCGUAGUCUGCACCUUGACACCUUAAGUUGCGGCAGCAUGGAGAGUAACGUGGGGAAAAUAAAUGCGGAUGCCACUAUUAUGAUGUGGCUCGGAACACUUAAGAAAGGGAUGGACCUGGACUCAUGGGGUCAACUUGUGGAAGCGAUGAAUGCAUAUGAACGGCUUGUGGAAGAAAUGAUGCACGAGGCUCAGCAACCAAAAAUGCUCUCGCUGUUCAGUGAUGACCAAAAGAUUACCUUAAGAAAAAUUGCUGCUUGUCUGGAACUGCGUAUAAAGUCCCUACAGUCUCCAGAUUUAGAAAAUGCCUUCCUGUUAGAACAACUGGAGCAAAUAUACUUAGUUUUGCAGAACAUCAUGCUCCCAUGUCAAGAUUUUCCAUUUGACGUGACGCCUCUUUCUGCAAAAAAGUUACCUAAGCCUAAAGCUCCUAAGAAACUGGACUCUCCGAGAAUAUCAGGAAAUCGAGAUGGGACUUUAUUGCCACGCCUCAAGCCCAAGCAUGGCAGGACAUUGCUGACCAUCAAGAUUGUGAACAUUGGCUUGAAGGACGCAGCCCUCUGUGUGGAUCCUUACAUCACGAUCACAGUCCGAGAUGUGUGUGGAACAGAGUUGACUACAUCACAAGAUACACCAUUUGCUGUUAAUCUGCAAGGAACAUGUUUGAAUUUCCAAGUGGAUGUUGAAAUACAAUUGCCAGUUGAAGACAUUCCAACAGAUGCUGCCAUCUUCUUUGAAUUAAAACACUAUAAGCCCUUAAAACGCCUGACAAGCACGAAGUGUUUUGCCUUGCUUGAAAUGGAUGAGAUCCGGCCUGGAGCUGCCGUCAUCGAGCUGUACAAGAAGCCAACUGACUACCGGAGAAAGAAACUGCAGCUGUUGACAAAGAAGUCCCUUUAUCUCCACAUCCAUCAAACACUUCUCCACACAGCAUGAUUUCCUUCCAUAGAACUGAGCCAUACACUUAUGCAUGCUCACAGUCAAAAUAAAAUACCUCUCUUUUGAUCGAAAAGAUGGUCAGGCCAAGAUCCAUCAUGCAGCUUUCCAAGUUAUGACAUACCAAUUUCAUAAAUUAUAUAGUUCUUGGCCAUAAUGUACAAUACCCAUGUAUACAAAGGCCUGAAUUGAGUAAAAUAAAAUAAAAACAUGGCCUGUAGUAAUUUGUUAUAAACCCACAUUUCUCACAAUUAUAUUUUAUUUAAACAUAAUUUUAUGUUAUCCACUUUGAAUGGGCCAAGAGAUUUCAUUCAUGUAGGGAGUGAUGUUACUUACAUAAGCUGAAUUCUGUCAGCACACCUAGAUUAGAGUUAUUGUCAGCCAUAGUCUAUACACUACUGGAUAAAGGUCUUUACAUGCAGUCAUCAUUGUUCUCAGUCCUAUGAUGCCACAAUCCAUCUCAUUGCUUAACCAAACACAAAAAUGGGACAUCAUAGUCCUGUGGUAAUACUUUGUCAUGGUCAAUCACAUCAGUAAAUAAGAGUCUCACUCGUACAGGCAAGAACCCACCCACAAGUUAUUUAAUAUUUUUGUCGUGUUCCUGGAAAAUGUUGAGGUUAUGUUGCAGUAUUUAUAUUUUAAAAUGAAUCAUGCAUUUAAAACAUGUACUUUUAUGUACUGCCUAGUCUUUGUCAUGGUAGCUAUUGUUUGGAGUGUAAUAUUUUCAGUGUAUAGUUUGGCCUCUAGCGAUGAUGCCUCCUUUACCAUUUACCAACAUACUGUACGACUGUGAUUAUACAACAGUUAAUUGUUGUGUGGGAAGAUAGCAGUUUGUGUUUUAAUUGUGUUGACUACCAUUCAAAUAUCAUAACAGUAUAAAGAAGAUGUGGAAUUAAACAUUGUGUAUCAUCUAUUUGGUUUGACACCUUAAUUUAAUAAGCAACACUUAAUAGUCUUUUCUAAAACAAUUAAAACUGAAGGGAGCUCGACCUUAAUUUGCUAUUAUUUUAAUUUAUUAUUUUAUCUUUAGACGUGACUUAACCGAAAGAACCAAAGAAGAAUUAUUUUAUGAUUUAUCAAUACUGUACCAAAAUUCAACCGUCACAAAUCAGGGUCACAAUUUAAUUGUCAAUGCCUGGGGUGGCUCGAGGUCAGAUUUAUGAGCUGGCACUCCUGUGAUUGCCGGUUCGGAUCUGGGUUUGAGCAGCUCAUGAUUAAACCAGGUUCUCUAAUGUAGUAAGAUGAUGGUCUCAGUCUGAUCGCCAUAAACUGCACACAAUCAAUAAUUUGUUGCUAUUUAACUAACACCUACACCUGUGUCUAAGUCUUUGUGUGUCUCCAUGAAUCUGUUCCACAGCAAAAAUGUUAUAGAAAUUCCAAUGCACAGCAUACUCAAAGGGCACAACUAGAGAAAGAUGCAAACAAAAACAACAAAAAAGCCGGUGUAAAUGUAAGAUAAAAACGGAUGAAUCAAUGUACUGGGCACUACCCUCAGGCUAUCCUUAAAUAUAUUUAAAACAUUUAGGACCAACCGCUGCCUAUGUUUAUCUCCCCUAUCCCAUGCCUCCACAUGUGAGAGAACAUUCUCGGGGUAAAACACCUCUGCUCCCCAAAUACAUGAUGGAGACCACAUCAUCAGAGGGAUACAGUUCAGUACCUUGAUAUCUACUGGUACUGGCGUCCAAGACCUCAAGGGGUACCUUCUGAUUGUGCUGCCUUUGAAUUAAGUUUCUGAAUGAUCUUGGGAAUCGGAAGGACUGGGAGACUCCCGA